GCAGAAAAGCCACAGUGUGAUUUAGUGUGACGCUUUUAACCACCUUUCCUGGAAGAGGGGAAAAAAAAAAAAAAAACAUGUGUAUGUACAACUCAAACAGGCUAUCUAACAACUAAAUAUUUCCAAAGAAGGGACUAUAACUAUUUUAACUACAAAAGUGAAAUUAAGCCAUACUGCUAAAUAUCCGGUCAUUGAAAACGAAAGCAAACUACGUUUUAAAAAUCAUAGAGAUGCUGCACGCGCAUCACCUCGACCCAACCUCGAAGUUUCCAUAAGAGAUUUCCACACAAACCAGCAGAAAUGACAUUGCUAAUCUCACUAAACCUUUAUUAUACACACAUUGUCGCUUAUUUGGACCGAUAAUGUCAGUUAAUUGGUUGUAUUUGUGUUUUUGAGUUUUGUAGGCUACAGAAAGCGGCAGCCUCGUUUCUUUCUCUCAAACUGGAGCUCCACCCAGAACUCAACAAAAGACCCCAUGACCCACCAACACAUCAGGCUGCAGGCAAGCUUUACCAACCAGAAUAAAACACGGGCUCAGCAGGCAUGGAGCCUCUCAGCCUGCAGGUGCUGGUGGUUGUAACAGGGAGCUUCCUGGGCUUCCAGUGGCUGUUCCACAGAGGUAGCCCUUGGGUGUCUCAGCAACUCUGCAAAGGCUUCCUUAGGCUCAGCCCUACACAAAGGACGGAGUGGAACUCCAGGGCCGUCUCAACAGUGCACGCCUUGGUUGUGGGACUUUUCUGUCUCUACAUAUAUAUCUUUGAUGAAUCCAUCCAGAAAGACCCAGUCUGGGGAGACGCCACACUGGUGAAACUAAACGUGGCCAUUACCUCAGGUUAUCUAAUUUCAGAUCUCCUGCUCAUGUUUACUUCAUGGGAGUCAAUUGGAGAGAAAUACUUUGUCAUACAUCAUUUUGCUGCUCUCUAUGCAUACUACUAUGUGCUGAGUCAAGGGAUAUUGCCUUACUUUGCUAAUUUCCGUCUGCUCUCAGAAUUCUCCACCCCCUUUGUCAACCAGCGUUGGUUUUUUCACAUGUUGGGCUACCACAAACUCUCCAGACCGAGUUUGGUUAAUGGUGUCACCAUGGCAUUUACAUUCUUCUUGGUGAGGAUCGCAGUCAUUCCGGGCUACUACAGCCAUAUGUACUCAAUCUUUGGCACAGAUGACUUCUACAAGUUACCUCUGGGAGGCCGCAGUGCCUGGGUUAUUUCUAGUGUGUCUUUGGAUGUUAUGAACAUCAUGUGGAUGCGCAGAAUCAUCCGUGGAUGUCUCAAAGUCCUUCACUCAGCCUGGUCGAGAAAAGCAGGAACUGAAAUGGAAACUAGAAAGACAGACUGACGUGGAGAUACAAAUAUAAACUGAACACAUCAGCACACAAACUGUCCAUCUUGUAUCAUGUCCAGCCUGAUGCUGGAGUGCAAAUGCUGCUGUAAUGCCAUGACUUCAGUUUUGAGUUUUAAACUGACAAAUCAAGAGCUUAGAAAGUCAGUCAAUGUAUUAAUGACUUAAAAGAUGUCAUCUUCAAAUAUGGGCACAACUGGAGGAAUUAAGUCACAAACAAUCUUUCAGUUUAAAAAGAAAAAUCAGGUGAUUAAGAGGCAAGGGACUGAUCACAUGUACAAUCAGGACAAUAGUUGUGGUUGCACUAUUUAUUAUAAAGCUGCUAUUAAGAUCAACCAACUUGCCUUUAUGAAUGCAAUCAACAAAGCAACAGCACAUCUGAACUUCCACAAAGAUACACAGUGUGUGCCUGUAGACUACGAUACACAACUUUUUUACUACAAUAUGGAUAGGGUUGGGUAUGCAGAGAAAUAUAAUGGCCAUUAUAAAUGUAGUGGAAAUGGGUUAAAUGAAUAGGCGAAAGAUCCUGCUUUUGCAGCUCAGCAGUGCAGGAUAUUGUACUCAAGAAACCAUGCAUGUCUGCAUAUAAUUAAUAUAAUUAUUGCAUAUAUGGAGAAUACUAUGUAUGGAGAGUAUUAUAUGUCUGGAAUGGAAAACAUAUCAGGUGACACAAUGUUAUAUAAUAUAAGUGCUUCUGAAAAUCUAUAACUUGAUGCAGCAGUGUAUAAGCUUUUUGCUUGUAGUAUGUGGUUUGUGGGUUAGAUUUGGAAUAAUGACAAUUAUAAUAUGUAAGCUUCAAUAAGAAAAGGCUUUUCAGGUUACUUCACCGUUAUGUAGGCCUAUGCAGUUAAAAAAACGCAAUAGGAUUCUUGAAAAAGGUGUAUGAGCUAUUCCAACUGAAUGAAUACUGUGAUGUCAAAAAUACUUAUGGAAGUGACUGGACAUGUGUGUUUCUGUGGUGUGACAAUGUUUUAAUUUAAAUAAACUUCUCAGUUUUACACUUUAUACAA